GGCGAUCAGCACCAACGUACCAUCGACACGAUGAAUCGACUCGGCAUUGUGCUCAACGAGCAGGGCAGGUCGAUGGAGGCAAGGAGUUUGCUGCGCGAGGCGCUUGCGGCGAAGCGCGCGACGCUUGGCGAUCGGCACAAGGAAACCAUAGUUGCCAUGUGCAACCUUCUCUCGCUCAUCGUGAGAAGGUUGAUUCAUCACGACGAUGUGUAUCGGCAUGAGGCCGAGGUGCUUUGCGGCGAAGCGUUGCCAGCUUGCCGCGAGGUCUUCGGCGAGCGAGACUCCAACACCUUGCAAGCGAUGCAUUUGCAAGCGGCCCUUCUGACCAGCUCUGAUCCUGAGGGCGCCAUUGAGCUGCAUCGUGAGCUGGUCCGGCUGAAGCGUGAUACACUCGGCGCCCGAGACAACGACACGCUCUCAACCAUGAACAACCUGGCGUCACUGCUGAGCAAGCAAGGCGAUGUGGAAGGCGCACGAGGGCUGUGGCAAGAGGUGCUGAGCGUGAGGCGUCAGACGAUCGGCGGCCGGCACCCAGACACGCUCACUACGAUGUCGAAUUUGGCGUUUGCGCUCAAGGAGCAGAAUGACCUGUCUGGCGCCGUGCAGAUGAAGCGCGAGGUACUGUCGCUGAAGCGCGAGUGUCUGGGCGGCGAGCACCCUGACACCGCCGAUGAGAUGGCCGUCCUUGGCAUGUGGCUUAAGGAGCUGGGCGAG